AUGUCUCGCGGAGGAACCACGCUCUACGUCACUGGCUUCAGCCAUGGCACUCGUGCCCGCGACCUAGCCUACGAGUUCGAACGCUAUGGCAGGCUCGUCCGCUGCGACAUCCCGGCCCCUCGCUCUGCGAGCAGCAGACUGUUUGCGUUUGUGGAGUACGAGGACCGUCGUGACGCCGAGGACGCCUACCAUGAGAUGCAUAACAAGCGCAUCGGUCGUGACGACCUCCUGAAGAUCGAGUGGGCUCGUACCCCUCCCUCUGCCUCCUGGCGCUUCGACUCUGGACGCGAGCGUGAUCGUGGCAGUGACCGUGGUGACCGUGGUGACCGCCGCGCUCCUCGAUCUCCUCGACGCAGGUCUCCCAGCCCUCGCCGUGCUCGCGACUACUCUCCUCGCAAGGAUGAUCGCCGUGACCGCGACCGCGAUUACGACCGCGAGCGUCGUGAUACCCGUGAUCGCUCUCGUUCCCCGGAUCGUCGAUAUAGCGACCGUGACGACCGUGACAAGGACUACAAGGAUGACCGUGAUGACCGGGACCGCCGUGAUACCAAUGGUGACGAUCGCAAGGCCCUGGACAGCCCUCCCCCUGCUCACGAUGACCUCGAUGUCGCAGAGUAGAGGUCUGCUAUGUUGACGGAUCGAGAGGUUUCUGCUCUCCUCCCCCUCUCUACGGAACUAACAGAACGGAAAUGCUUGGCCUUUCUUGACUUCCUUUUGGAAUCUUUUAGUCUCGAUGCGGAAUCCCAAAGAUGAUGCCGGCGGUUGGGUUCACCACGACCACGUGGAUGCGGAUGCGAGUCGAUAUUUUCCCCCCAAAAAUGGAUCGAAGACGGAUACUGAAAGCAGACCCGUCGUGAAUUAGCCAGAUUGCAAUUAAUCAGCUUACUUUAGAUCCUUUGUAAGAGAAUGAAAAAUCUGUUGGCGUUGGGCCUGACUUUA